AUGCGUAGCGGUAUUCAUCUCAGUCCGGAGUAGUAAUUUCUGUUUUUUCAGUCUCGUUAUAAGAAAAAAUAUUUACCGACGUGAAUUCUUUAUCGGGAAUUUAAAAGCUACAAAUUUAUCCAACGUUAUUCAUUAUAAUGUUGGGUAAAUGUCUACCUACCUGAUUGUUUAUCAACGCAUUACCGACCUCCUUUGGUCUCGUUUCGUCUAUAAUCUAUGUGUACUUAGUGAAGUGCGUGAGCUAUUGAAAGUGCUUACCGGAUAAUUCGUUGCUUACUAAGUGCAAAACGAUGAGAUAUUUGAAAUUUUAUUAUUAUUUCAUCUUUUAGUCAUGUAAUCAAAACACGUAUUUACUGAUACACAUGAAAAAUUUCAAAUAAUCAAUGACACAAUUUGUUAGAGCCUAAAUUUUAGGUGACAUGGGUGAAGGCAAUCAGAGAUACAUAGUACAAGUAUUUGUAGGUGCACUAUCACAAUGCUAUGAAGCACUUAGUGUAGAAGCUAGUAAACAAACUACUUCAGAUGAAAUUGUCAGUUGCAUUGUAGAACGCCUCUCUUUAUCGGGAGGAUGUGGUACAGGCUAUGGCGGUACUUUUGAAUUAGCUGAAGUAGUUGGAGAUGCUCUUGGUCGAGAAUGUAAAGAGCGUAGGCUUGGUCCUUUAGAAUGUCCGGUGGCUGUUAUGCUAUUAUGGCCUCAGCCUCGUAGAAAUACACAACAAGAAUAUUAUAGAUUUUAUUUAAGAGAAAAAUUAUCAGAUAAUUUAUGGGCUGAUGGUUUUACCAUGGAUCCACAACUUAUACGAGAUUAUUUCUAUAGAUUUCUUUAUCAACCUCAAGAUAGAGAGUACCCAGACCUUUGUCAGCUUCCAGAUCUCAAUGAACAAACACUUUUAGAUAACCUCAGGGCACGAUUUAUUGCUGGACAUAUUUAUACUUAUGUUGGGUCAAUUUUAAUUGCUGUUAAUCCUUUUAAGUUUCAUCCAAUAUAUAAUCCAAAAUAUGUAAAGCUGUAUCAAAACAGAAGACUUGGUCCAGAAUUGCCUCCACAUAUAUUUGCAAUUGCUGAUGCAGCAUAUCACUGCAUGCUAAGGGAAAGAAAAAAUCAGUGUAUUGUGAUAAGUGGAGAAAGUGGUAGUGGUAAAACUGAAUCAACUAAUUUUCUUUUACACCAUCUCACUGCAUUGAGCCAAAAAGGAAGCCACGGUAGUGGAGUUGAACAAACAAUACUUAGCGCAGGUCCAGUAUUAGAGGCUUUUGGUAAUGCUAAAACUGCUCAUAAUAAUAAUUCAAGUAGAUUUGGUAAAUUCAUUCAGGUAAAUUACAAAGAAAAUGGAAUGGUACAUGGAGCGGUUGUACAGAAAUACCUACUAGAAAAAUCUAGAAUAUGUUCUCAAGGUCAAAAUGAGCGAAAUUAUCAUGUGUUUUAUUAUUUAUUAAAUGGGGCAAAUGAUACUGAAAAAGAAUCUUUACACCUCCAUAAAGUAGAAUACUAUAACUAUUUAAAUGGGAGUGGUUGUUAUACUUUGGGAAAUUUAGAUGAAAAAUAUGAAUUUUCUAGACUAAAACAAUCAAUGGAAAUGGUCGGGUUCACCCCAGAAAAACAACGUAGAUUGUUUGCUGUACUCUCUGCUGUUUUACUUCUAGGUAAUGUUGACUUCCAACCUCGGAAGUCAGCAUAUCAUCACGAUGAAGCUGUUGCUGUUCGUAAUCCUGAAAUAGUUUUUUUGAUUUCUCAACUUUUAAGAGUAAAACAAGAAACUUUACUAGCUGCAUUAACAGCAAAACGAGCUAAAGCUUCUGGAGAAACAUUAGUAAUAAAUUAUAAAUUACCUGAGGCUAUAGCAGCUAGAGAUGCAAUGGCUAAGUGUCUUUAUGGGGCUUUAUUUGACUGGAUUGUUUUGCAAGUUAACCAUGCUUUGUUAUCAAAAAAAGAUACUUUAAGAGAUCACCAAGGAAAUUCUAUUGGAGUUUUAGAUAUAUUUGGUUUUGAAGACUUUGGGAAUUCUAACAGUUUCGAACAAUUUUGCAUCAAUUAUGCUAAUGAACAUCUUCAGUAUUAUUUUAAUCAACAUGUUUUUAAGUAUGAACAAGAAGAAUAUAGAAAAGAAGGAAUAAAUUGGAGUGAUAUAGAUUUUUUAGAUAACACUGGUUGUUUACAAAUGAUAGAAGGUAAACCAAAUGGUUUAUUGUGUGUAUUAGAUGAUCAGUGCAAUUUUCCUGGUUCAUCUUGUGAAACAUUGUUACAAAAAUUUAACUCUGUUCAUAAAGACAAUAAAUUUUAUGAAAUGCCUCAACGUAAAGAGAAUGCAUUUAUUGUUCGCCAUUAUGCUGGAAGAGUUAAAUACCAGGUGUUUGAAAUGAGAGAAAAAAAUUUAGAUUUAAUGCGUCAAGACAUUGUUGGUGUUUUAAAAAACAGUAGUAUGGCUUUUGUAAGAGAACUAGUUGGUGCUGAUCCAGUUGCUGUUUUUCGUUGGGCUAUUGUAAGGGCAUUUUUUAGAAGCUAUUUUUCAUUUCAAGAAGCAGGUCGAAAACAUCGCCAAAGUAGAGUAGAUGGUGUGAAAGCAUCCAGUAUAUCCUUAAGGUUUCGGAACAGUAUGCAAAAUGACAGUAUAAUCAGUCAUUUAGCAACAAUGUCAUCAGUAAAUCUCACCAUUAACCGCAUAGUGUACAACCCAAAAAUGUUAGCUAAUUCCUCAUCCUAUGGAGGAGGAUAUGUUUUAAAUAUUGGUAAAAAAUUGGCAUCUAAUCCAAACAUUGAACAAAAUAUACAUAAAAAUCAUACUACUUUGAAUAAAUCUGUCAGUGCAGACACAAAUAAAUCUUAUAAAAGCAUAAUUAAUGAAGAUGUUAAAAAUCGAAGUAACUACAAAUCUGCUGAUGAAGAUAAAGUGAUUGAACGAGCUACCCAAAUUGUUAUGAAAAAUAAAUCAUUUAGACCAAAAGAUCGUGGUAAUAAAGGCCUCAAAAAUUUACAAAGUGUAAAAACUCUUGCAGGAAGAGUUCAAGUUCAAGGAACUAUAAGUAGUAAAGCUCGUAAACAGCCUCUUACAGUUACAGCUCAAUUCCAAAUGUCUUUAAAUAGUCUAAUGGAAACACUUAAUCAAGCAAAUCCAUUUUUCAUCCGUUGUAUCAAAAGUAAUGGUAAUAAGGUGGCUAAUUUGUUUGAUCAUGACACUGUUCAAAGACAACUCCGUUACACAGGAAUGUUAGAAACUGUGAGAAUUCGUCAAGCUGGUUACAAUGUACGCCUGAGUUAUGAUGAAUUCGUUCAGCUUUAUAGAAUACUAUUACCAAAAGGACUUCAUAGUAAUUCACAAGAUGUCAAAAGUUUUUUACUAACUCUUAACUUAGAUCAUGACAACUUUCAACUCGGUGAAUCUAAAGUGUUUUUACGUGAGUGUGAAAAGUUAAAAUUGGAUUUUAAACUUCAUCAACAAAUUAUGGCAAGUAUUGUAAUAAUACAACGUUGGUUCCGUACAUUAUUGCAAAGAAGACAAUUUCUUAAAAUAACUUGGGCUACUGAAACAUUGCAGUCUUGGUGGAGAAUGAUAUUAGCUCAAAGGUUUGUAAAUAAAAUGAGAAUGGAUGAAACUGCAGCUGUGUAUAUUCAGUCGGCAUGGCGUAAACACAAAGUUUCCAGUUGGUACAAAAAUUUAAGGCGUAGUGUUAUUACUAUUCAAGCUCAUUCACGGGGUUAUUUAGCUAGACGGAAAUUUUCACAGAUCAAAAAAAUGAGAACAAGUAUAUCUGCACCCCAAAUUAUUAAUUCAAAAGAAUCAAGUCAAGAAGAGCUACAUGAUUCUGAAAGUAGUGGUGCAAAAGGCGAUAGUGAAUCAGAAGUUGAUCCAAAAUGUAUAAAAUUAAAAAUACACCAUACUACUUCUAGAGAUGACCAAUUUAGGAUACCUCGUAGAAAAAUAUCAGGGCGUCGUAUGAGAAUAGAAUCAAUCCCUGCUGAUAUAAUUCAAGUAAACGUCAAUAAAACAGAUGGUCCUAUUAAAGAUGCAUCAGCUUUCAGUGAUAGCGAAAUUGAUGAAAAUCAUAUUAAACCAGCUAAUAGAAUUCGUAAUGAAAAACCUAAUGAAUGUAUUAGUAAACGGACCAUGUUAACUAGAACUCCACAUGUUAUCCCUGAACCUACAGCUCCUGCACGUCUUAUGAGUAGACUUCGAGUGUCAGCAACAGAAUCAACACCUGAUCCACCAAAAGUAAAUGAAAAAGAGUUAAAAAGAAGAAACAGUGAUGGUUCCACUGCACAUAAUAUAAGAACAGAAGAACCCAAAUUGACUUAUUCACCUUCUUUUGAACUACUAGAAUGGAAAGGUACUACAAUGUUUACCAUAGCGGGUCAUAGAUUUAGAAAAUUAGGAAGAUUCACACCACAAGAUAAGUGCUCAUACUGCAAUAAACUUAUGGAUGCAUUUUUAACUCAAGGACACAAAUGUUCUGAUUGUAAAAAAUUGUUCCAUACAAAGUGCAUUCAAAAUGGUGGUGUGUUACAAAUGCCCUGUAUACAUCAAAAUGGAAAUAAUAGACCAAAUAAUAGAAGAAAACCUAGAAAACCUAUGUCAGCUGGCAAUAAAGCUCAUAUUACGCCUAUCAUUACAAACAGUCAAAGCAGUUCAGCUGUUGGAAAGUUUAGUUUAACCGGUACAUCCGAAUUUACAGAUAGAACAGAUAAAAUUAUAUCUGAUGUUCGUGAACUUAAGCUUAUGCAAGAUUUCAUAACUAAAAAGUUGUACAAAAUAGAACGUGAAGAAGUAAAAAAACCAUCGCAUGUUGAUAAAAUAUUCAAAGAAGCACUGCGAGAAUUUAAAGAUAAUCUUAUUGCAACAUAUAGUGUUGCAAACAAACAAGGAAAUGGACAAGUUCUUAACAUCAAAUAUAAAGAUUUGAUCGCUAAUUUUUUGCAUGUCAUUGAAACUGUUUGUGGUAAUGAAAAAAUUCAAGAUGACUUUCCAGUAACACUAUGUGUAAAUGCAUUCCGCGGUUUUAUGAAUGAGUUCAUGAAUCAAAAUCGAGUUGAUACUGAAAAGCCUAGUAAAGGAAAACGUAAAAAAGAAAAAAAAACAAAAUCAGAAGAUCAUAUUACUCAUGGUGGACAUAUUUUACAAAUGAGUAUGAUAAAUAUACCUACUGCAUGUGAAGUUUGUACGUCAUUCUUUCUAUGGCCUAUUGAAAGGAGUUUGGUUUGUCGAAAUUGUAAAUUGACAUGCCAUAAAAAAUGCUAUCCUCGAGCCAACAAGGAAUGUUUAAAAGAUGUAAGCUCAAAUAUUCAGUCAAAAGGCAGUUUUGUAGUCAAAGGAAAAGUUUUUGGAAGACCCCUAUGUGAGUUAGAUCUAAGUAUGGGAAAAGUACCUGCAGUUGUUGAGUGCCUAAUUACAAUUAUUGAAAUGUAUGGAAUGUAUACUGAAGGAAUUUAUCGUAAACCAGGACUUACAACUCGAGUGAAUGAACUUAAAGAACUUAUAGAUAAUAAUGAUGUAAGCAAAAUAGAAUUUGAGAAAUAUCAGGUUCAUGUUUUAGCUAGUGUUCUUAAAUCUUUUCUUCGUGACAUGCCAGAACCAUUAUUAACAUUUGAUUGUUACGAUGAUUUUAUUCGUGCUGCUAGCUUAUCAGAAGAUAGAGUAUCAACUUUGUUCAAUAUUUUAAAAAAAUUGCCAAAAGUCAAUUAUGACUUAAUGGAAAGACUUGUUUUUCAUCUUGCCAGAGUUGCUUUGCAUGAAAAUGUUAACCGAAUGAACGCAAGUUCAUUAGCCAUAGUUUUUGCACCUUGUGUUUUGAGGACUAAUAAAUUAGUACCAGCACAAGAAUCACUGCGUGAUAUUGAACAACAAACUUUAUGUAUUAGCUCUAUUAUAAGUCAUCAAAUGGACAAAAUUAAAUCAACUUUAGCUGAUAUUGACACAUUAGAUACUGCUCAUCAUACUGCUACUCACCGCUUAUCCUCUUUACGAAUUUCUAAAGUGUAUGGGCCUACUGAAGGACCAGGUAAAAUGGAUGAGGAAGAAAAAAUGUUAGUUGGACAAAUACAUGAAAUUAGAAAAGAAAAAGAUUUCUUAACAUCAAAUUUACCAAGUUUAAGACGCACUAAUUCAGAUGAUGAUCUUUUAUCAACUGAUGACGGUAGUUUAGAUGAUGUUGAUGCCAAUUCUAGUACAAUUGGAAGUCGUAAAGCUAAACUAAGAAAUGUUACAAAAAAAGUAAAACGAUCUAGUAAUACUACAAUAGACAGUGAUGAAGACCCUAUUAUGGUUUGAAUACUAAUUGAAAAAUACUAUAUUUUAACUUUUUAUACCGACAAUUUUUUUUUAUGUUUAUAAUAAUUUAUCAAUUAAAUCUUAAGUAUAUUUUGUUGUUGACUUGAUAAAAUAAUUGAGUUGUCCCAAAGGCUGUUACUUUUGUAUAACUUGUUGUUUUUGUGAAAUAGUAUAUUUCCUUUAUUAAUUGGAUAGUUGGUGCUAUGUUGUUAUUUAUUAUUUUUAAUGAUGGUGUACAAAGAUAUUGUGUUUUAUACAAAAAGACUGUUACAAGAAGGAGUUGUGGUUUAUAAUUCUAUUAUUUGUUAUUAUUUCUUUAGAAAUCAUUUAUCAGAUAUAAAUUACAACAAAUCAAGUUUUUUACAUACUUAAACAAAAUUAACAUCAACACUUAGAUUUGUAUAAUCAAAUAUUUAAGAUAUAAAAGAAAUAUUCUUACUCCUUCUCAAAAAUUUGUUAAACUAUUUUUAUGAAUUUUUUUUUUUAAUAAGUAUGAGACAAUUAUUUUUUUAAUCUAAAAUAUUAUAUAUAAAAAAAAUUUUAAAUGACUGAUAUUAUAUAAUAAUUUAAAAUACAAUUUCCAAAAUAUAUUAUUAUAAUUUAAAUUUAUAUUUGCAAACUACUUAAUGAUUAAUCCAAAGUUGAUUGAAUAUAAUUUGAAUUAAUAAUUGCAAUAUGAUAACUUUAAUUUUAAAAAUUAAAGUCAAUUCGAACAAAUUAUUAACUACUAUUCUUAGUUGGUUUAUAAAAUUCAUUAAUUUGAAACUGAACAAACAAUAAAGUGUUCAUUUUUUUCUUUAAAUUAUCUUAUUGAGACAUUUUAUAACUUUAUCUUUAAUUUUAUUUAUUUGAGAAUUGGAUUAUAUUUAAUUUAGUACUUCAAUAUUUUAUAAGAAUACUUAUAAUUUUUGUAAAACAUUUUGAAAUUAUUCUAUGCCAGUUUUACACUUAAUGAGGUCUGAUUAUUUUUAUUUUUUUCUUUAUACAACUUAUAUUGUUAGACUAUUAUAAAUAAUUUAUGUAAAUAAUCAUAAUUGAAUCAUAUAUAAAUUCUACAAAAUUUGUGAAAAGUGUUAAAAAUAUAUAUUAUAUAUAUUUAUUUGUUGUUAACAUUAACAAUUGUUAAAUAAUAUAAGUACUUAUUCCACCAAAAAUUUCAUUGUUUAUGAAUUUUAAAUAUUACUUUUUUUAUUUUAGUACUACUUAUUUUCAUAUUAGUUAUUAAUUUUACAUUCCUGUUAUUUUUUUAAAACAAUUUCAUAUGUAUUACCUUGAUAUUUUAAAUAUUUUACUAUUAUAAUAAACUACACCUAUAAAUUGUAACAGAAAGUUCAGUUUUUUUUUUUUUUGUUAAGCUGUUACACUGAUUGCAUAAAUAAUUACUUCUAAUAUUAAUGUUGUGUAGUCCUAUGUAAUAUUAUCUUAUCUGUGAUCUAUCUUCCAAUAUUUUUUGUAAUAAAUUUGAUCAUGUAUUUUUAUUUUGUACUGUUGUAUAGCUUAAAAGUGUAUAUACUUGUAAAAUAAAUUGUUUAAUACUACAA